UUCUUCAACCACCACAUGUUCGUGCUGGAGCAGGAGGAGUACAAGAAAGAGGGCAUCGAGUGGGAGUUCAUCGACUUCGGCAUGGACCUCCAGGCCUGCAUCGACCUCAUCGAGAAGCCCAUGGGGAUCAUGUCCAUCCUGGAGGAGGAGUGCAUGUUCCCCAAGGCCUCGGACAUGACCUUCAAGGCCAAGCUCUACGACAACCACCUGGGCAAGUCGGCCAACUUCGGGAAGCCGCGCAACGUCAAGGGCAAGGCCGAGGCCCACUUCUCGCUCGUCCACUACGCCGGCACCGUGGACUACAACAUCCUGGGCUGGCUGGAGAAGAACAAGGACCCCCUCAACGAGACGGUGGUGGGGCUCUACCAGAAAUCCGCCCUCAAGCUCUUGGCCAGCCUCUUCUCCAACUACGCCGGGGCGGACUCCGGUGGUGACGGCGGGAAGGGCAAAGGGGCCAAGAAGAAAGGUUCCUCCUUCCAGACGGUCUCGGCCCUGCACCGGGAGAACCUCAACAAGCUGAUGGCCAACCUCAAGACCACCCACCCCCACUUCGUGCGCUGCCUCGUCCCCAACGAGCGGAAGCAACCGGGUGUGAUGGACAACGCCCUGGUGAUGCACCAGCUCCGCUGCAACGGGGUCCUGGAGGGGAUCCGCAUCUGCCGCAAGGGCUUCCCCAACCGCAUCCUCUACGGGGACUUCCGCCAGCGGUACCGCAUCCUGAACCCCGCGGCCAUCCCCGAGGGGCAGUUCAUCGACAGCCGCAAGGGCGCCGAGAAGCUCCUGGGCUCCAUCGACAUCGACCACAACCAGUACAAGUUCGGGCACACCAAGGUGUUCUUCAAGGCGGGGCUGCUGGGGCAACUGGAGGAGAUGCGGGACGAGCGCCUGUCCCGCAUCAUCACCCGCAUCCAGGCGCGGGCCCGGGGGCAGCUCAUGCGCCUCGAGUUCAAGAAGAUCGUGGAGCGCCGGGACGCGCUGCUGGUGAUCCAGUGGAACCUGAGGGCCUUCAUGGGGGUGAAGAACUGGCCGUGGAUGAAGCUCUACUUCAAGAUCAAGCCCCUGCUGAAGAGCGCGGAGACGGAGAAGGAGAUGCAGAACAUGAAGGAGGAGUACGGGCGGCUGAAGGAGGCCCUGGAGAAGUCGGAAUCGCGGCGGAAGGAGCUGGAGGAGAAGAUGGUGUCCAUGCUGCAGGAGAAGAACGACCUUCAGCUCCAAGUGCAGGCCGAGCAGGACAACCUGAACGACGCCGAGGAGCGCUGCGACCAGCUGAUCAAGAACAAGAUCCAGCUGGAGGCCAAGGUGAAGGAGCUGACGGAGAGGCUGGAGGACGAGGAGGAGAUGAACGCCGAGCUGACGGCCAAGAAGAGGAAGCUGGAGGACGAGUGCUCGGAGCUGAAGAAGGACAUUGAUGACCUGGAGCUGACCCUGGCCAAGGUGGAGAAGGAGAAACACGCCACCGAGAACAAGGUCAAGAACCUGACGGAGGAGAUGGCAGGGCUGGACGAGACCAUCGCCAAGCUGACCAAGGAGAAGAAGGCCCUGCAGGAGUCCCACCAGCAGACCCUGGACGACCUGCAGGCCGAGGAGGACAAAGUCAACACCUUGACCAAGGGCAAAGUCAAGCUGGAA